AUGAAAUCAGCUAUUCUGCUGUCUAUAAUUGGACUGGCUUCUAGCCUUUCCAUUGAUUUGGAUCUGGGAGCUUCUUUGACCACUGGCCCGCUUCAACAGACCAAGACAUUCGAGCUCAAUCUCACCUGGGAACCAUGGGCUGCGGACGGAGUGCAGCGCCCCCAGGCGUUGAUUAAUAGCCAGUUUCCCGGGCCUGCUCUCAUUAUGGAUGAAGGCGAUAAUGUGGAAGUAACUGUGAACAACCGUAUGCCGUUCAAUACCACAAUCCAUUACCAUGGCAUCGAACAACAGGGAACUCCGUGGUCAGAUGGAGUGCCUGGAGUUUCCCAGAAGCUUAUUCCCCCAGGUGGACAAUUUGUCUCCUCGUUUGUUGUCAGACAAUAUGGAACAUACUGGCCACAGAAAACCCCCGAAAGUUUGGCCAGUAUGAUCACGGAUAAUACCAAGGCACAAAGUCAAAUAUACGACGCCAUAAAAUCGCCCAGCUUGGUGAUACUUUCCGACUGGUUUCAUAUGACAUCGGAAGCGUUACGACAGAUUGCAAUUUCCGCAGACAUAGACGUUUUAUGCGCGGAUUCGGUUUUGGUCAACGGAAAGGGAAGAGUCAACUGCCGCGAUCCUGGAUAUCUGACGGACAUGGUGCCUGAUUCGUUGAAAUCGGUUCUUCAAGGCAUGAAUUACACGGCCAAAGGGUGCUUGCCGCUUCAAAAUACCUAUGCCCAGACAGAAUUCUCGCACAACUUUAGCUUGGUUCCAUCGUCGUUGUUUGAUGAGUGCGUUACCACGGAUGCCGCAGAAGAAAUCAUUGAGGUUGAUUCACUCAAUGGGUGGGCAUUGACGAUCAACAAUGGCGGCCGCUACUCCUGCUUGGUUCAACUUAAUCAAGACCCUGGUAAUUAUUCAAUUACCGUGGCCAAUUCAGGAUUCAAUCAAAAAAUUGCUGGAUUCGCCACUCUAUCUUAUCUGAAUGGAGUUUCCUCCGUCACAUCAGUCUCUUCCAUCAAUUACGGUGGAAUUAGCACUGGUAUCAACAAGGACUUUAUCUCGUUCGACGAAACCACAAUUGAAAUGCUUGCCCCAAGUCGUCCAAAAGAUAGCCCAGACGAGACUUUUAUACUUACCACUGGCCGUAUUCGGAAGGCUUGGGAAUGGUCUUUGAAUGGCAAUAAUUCCUACGGUCUUGCCUUGGAGGCAGAAAAGCCAUUGUUGUGGGAUCCUCAAUCCGCAGUCAAUAGCUCCUUGGUAAUCGCUACCAAAAACAAUACAUGGGUUGAUAUCAUCUUCUCAAUGUCGGGAGAUAUGACUACACUGCAGCCCAGUCAUCCACUCCACAAACAUUCCAAUCGAGUCUACGUUUUGGGAACUGGCACCGGGUCUUUUAACUGGAGUUCAGUCGCAGAGGCUGCCCAGACAAUUCCAGAAAACUUCAACUUAGACAACCCCCCGAUGAGAGACACCUUCACAACGCUUCCGGCUUACAAAGGCGAGAGUUGGUUAGCAGUUCGAUAUAAUGUACAAAAUUCAGGGAUCCGCACCUUACAGGUGGAAUGGGUCUCGCGAUUUUGGAUGGAAUUGAUGCUUGGCCCAGUAUUCCGGUACAAUAUGGCCCAGAUGGGCAAUGAGGUUAUGAGCCCUUGGAUGCUCCAUUUACUAUCCUCCAUCGGCCCCUCCAUCAUCGACGCCGAUAUCACCAUUGUCAUCAUCGACAUCACCGGCCAGGCCACCCCCAUAAACCUCUACAACGGUUUCAACAAGCACCUCUCUCGACGACGCGCCUACCGGCCAGGCCACCUACCAGCACCUACCUAG